UUCUGCUUGAAUCACUCAACAAGAACGAGCAAUCAGCCAAUGGCCAGUCCCAAUCCAGGGAGUCCACAAAUCCCCAGUUCAAGAAAAUGAGCGGAGACUUCCCCUCGGCCAAUGGAGAGGCUGGUGGGGAGGCCCCCAAGGGCUACACUCAGGACCAGGUGGAUGCAGUGAAGAGGGUAAAGCAAUGCAAAGAUUACUAUGAAAUUCUGGGAGUAAACAGAGAAGCUUCUGAUGAGGACCUGAAAAAGGCUUACCGGAAACUUGCACUAAAAUUUCACCCAGAUAAGAACCAUGCACCAGGGGCUACAGAGGCAUUUAAAGCCAUUGGUAACGCGUACGCGGUAUUGAGCAACCCAGAGAAGAGGAAGCAAUAUGACCAGUUUGGAGACGAGAAACUCAACCCUGCUCGGCACGGACACAGUCACUCGGACUUCCACCGCGGGUUUGAGGCAGACAUCUCCCCCGAGGACCUCUUCAACAUGUUUUUUGGUGGUGGUUUUCCUUCUAGUAAUGUUCACGUAUACAGCAACGGCCGGAUGCGAUAUACCUACCAUCAGAGGCAGGACAGACGAGAACAUCAGGGUGACGGUGGCCUUGGGUUGUUCGUCCAGCUGAUGCCUAUCCUCAUCCUGAUCAUUGUGUCUGCUCUCAGCCAGAUGAUGGUCUCCAGCCCACCCUACAGUCUGAGCCAGAGGCCGUCUGUGGGUCACAUACACAAGAGAGUGACAGAGCACUUGAAAGUCGUCUACUACGUAUCGGAGACCUUUGCAGAUGAAUACACGGGCACGAACCUGAAAAACGUCGAGAGGAGCGUGGAGGACGACUAUAUCGCAAACCUCCGAAAUAACUGCUGGAAAGAGAAGCAGCAGA